GGGUACGGUACCCUAUCCUUCUCCGCAUGCUUUUUUCGGCACGACCUUCCCCUCGGGUCGUCCCUGUACAUUUUGCCGGCGGACUACGCUCGACCAGUGCCGCACUGAGCGCCUCUUACGGAUGCCGUAUUGACCCUGGACGGCUUUGGUGCCAGACUUGGCUCUGCCUCGUCCCAUCCUUCCAGUUUGGCGCGUAUGCCAUUCACCGACACACCUGCUUUCCUGCUGCGGAUAUAUACUCUCUGUUGCGGUUUUGAGCUGAUUGCCGGUUUUCGGCUGCGCAGAGGGCCUGGAAGACAAGUUAUUCCCUGGGAAGAAGAAAAGUGAAGAAGGGUACACUGAAUUCUUCCUCCUUCACACAUUCUCAAAAGUUUUAUUCCUGGGGUAUAAUUGCUUCUAAAUACCGCCGACAAGCUGCUGGAUCGACCACCAGAUGGAAAGAGCUCUUUUUACCCCUAUAGCCCCGUACCGUCUGACCGAGUGGCUCCUCACUCCAGUCAUCACCACUUGGCUCUACGUCCGCCACCGCGCCAUUUACGGCACUCGGUCUCGUACCUUGUCACUGACGAGUCGUUUCGGCCGGCGUCGCCCGUCCAGUCCGGUCCCUCGGAGGUGGCAGCUCCGCACACUCUGUCCGCACUUUAGUUCAAGUUAAAAUGGCGAGGAGCCGCUCGAGAGAGCGCGAACGCCACAGGAGCCGUUCCGGCAACAGAUACGGCGAUCGAGACGUCAAAAGGGAGCGGUCAAGCAGCAAAAGAGAAGACGCUGACCACAGACACAGACGUUCCUACAAGGAAGAGAACAAGGAGGACACCUACAGCCCAAAACUGGACAAGAGGGUAAAGAAUGAACACAUUUAUCGGAAACAUGAAGAAAAGGCCUCAGUUCCAAGCCACAGGAACGAUAGCAGCGCCAUGGCCUCGAAAUCGGAGCCUCCGUUCAAAGAGAAGGAAAAGCCGAACUUUGAGCCCUCGGGGCUCCUCGCAGCCGAAACCAACCAGGUGAACGGGAUCGUACUCAAGUACACUGUGCCACCAGAAUCGCGAUUUCCAACCUUGUCUUGGCGGUUGUUUGUCUUUAAACCGGAUGCGGAUAAUCCCAGCGAAAUGAAGUCUACAAGUUUGUUUUCUAUUACCCAUUCACACCUUCCAGAGACAAUUUGUCUGCAUCGUAAGGAGUACUACCUCAUUGGUAAGGAGCAGCUCGUGGCUGAUAUAGAUGCGCACCAUCCAACGAUAUCAAAACAACACGCCGUCAUUCAGUUUAGACACAAGGAUGAUGAUGUUCUGUAA